AUGAAUCCACUAGAAAGUGAAUUACUCUCCAAAGCGAUUGAAUGCCUUCGGAGCAAGGUAAUCACGUUAAACAAUGAGGAAUUUAUCAAAUGUUUAGAGAAUACAGCUGAAGUUGUUGCUGAUUAUCAAAUAUUUGCAAAGACGAAACAAGAGUUAAAUAAUUUUGAUAUUAUAUUUUCUAUCAAGGACGAUGAUGAUACUAUUUGGAAAAAAUUAAUUAAAUUCAUGAUGGCUUUUCAUUUGACUUUAACUGUGAAUAAUAUUGAUAACUUUUUGGAAGUGGAAGAAGCAUUAAAAAUUGUUGAAAAGUAUUUGAAAAUUCAAGAUAUGGAUAUGGUUUCUAAUGAGAUGAUUUGUGUAGCUAACUUGCUGAUGUGGGUAUUAGGGGAUUUGAAAGACAAAUCUUUGCAAGUUUCUAAGGGUGGAUACUGUGAAAAAUUCAUUCAAUUAGUGUUGGACUAUUUCAAAUAUAUUCACCACCAAAUGAGAAAAUCCAACCAAAAUAAUCAAGAAUGGAAGCCAAGAGAAGAUAUUAUAGAGUUAUUCGCAGGAAUUUAUGAAAAUUUACCAUUCAAUCAAUGGUAUUGGCAUGAAUGGGAUCAUACAAAAGAAUUAGGAUUUGAAUUUUUGGAACUUGUAUAUGAACUUGGAGAAUAUCCUCUAUUUUCUGAUAGUGACAAUAGAAUGCAUCACUUAUGCACAUUUCUUGGCGAGGAAGCCAUUAAAAAAUUGGAAUUAUUAACUAAUCGAGAUGUAAAACAGAUUGAGAAUUUGAAACCAACAGAUAUUGUUCCUUUGGGAGAGAUUUCACAGGGAACACCUGUUUGGAAGAUUAUCUUGAAAAUAGCAAAUGCAGUAUUUGUUAUCUCAUCAAAGCCACUCUUAUCACCAUCUAUUCUUUUUGGAUCCCAAUAUAUCCAGUUAUUUUUUGAUACAUUGAAAGUUUGUCCAGCUGAAAUUGAGGAAACUAAACUGGCGAUUCAUUUAAUUGAUGCAUUAAUCAGAAUUUCAACAGUUAUUACUCCAAGCCGUAUGGACGAUGAAGUGGAAGAGGAACAUUUUACGAGAUUGGAAGAGUCAAAAAUUAUUGCAACAUUUAUUGAUUUCUAUCAUCUUGCACAAAUCUCUUUGAAGGAACCAAUUGUUAAAGCCAUAACUAUUUUAGUGCGUAAAAUGCGUUCAAUACGUGCCGAUAAUUUGGAGAAAACCUUAAAUAUAUGUAUUAACGAAGAAAAGAUAACAAAAAUGGAUGAGCUACUUCUAGUCUGCUUUUCCAUGUACGACUCUGAUAUAGCGAAUCGGACAAUACUGUCUAAACAUAUACACAAAAUGAUAGAUAAGAUUUUUGAAUUUACUGUGACAGAUAGAAAUUUUUUUUACCAGUUUACCAAGUUUGAUUUAUUCAGAAAUGCUGUAGAUGACCCCUUAUAUGAUCCAUUCUUUAAUCUGGACACAGAACGAAUUAUUUCACAAAUGAAAGGCACAUUCAAAGAUAUGAGAUCACUUGAUAAUUCACAAUAUUUGACAAUCAUGCGAUGGUAUAGUGGAUUGAUAGUAGCACUAAAAGUUGAUCCCAAACACUUUGUUCAGGAGGUUUAUGAUGAAUAUUUCUACCUUGUGGAAAAUCUACCGAAAUAUCUAAUGUACCAAACUAUACCGACUGAAAUAUUCAGAGUAGUGCUUGGGCUCUGUAUGGGCAAUAGAGAAUUUACUGAAAAAGUUAGCCAUAUAAUAUUUGAAUUAUUCUUUGAUACUAACAAGAUCGGAAAGGAGGAAAUAGUACCCCUUAUUGAAUAUUUACUAGUUAAUGAGAUUCUAACAAAACCAAAUACACCAAUUAUCAAAAAAAUCGAACAGAGAAUUCCACUUUUUAUUAAGGAAAUACGAGAAGGCAAAAUAUCAUAUUUAGUAUUGCUCUGUAUUGUUUAUCCAUACUUUCCAAACAAGAUUUUUGACCUAUUUAAUGAUGUUUUUUUCUUACAGGCUAUGAUUUCAUUCAUUGACGAGUUUAUAGAUGAUGAAGGAAAGAUGAGCGUAUUAAGAAUUAUCACAACCUCAUUAUUCCAAAUUAUGGAAGAAUUGCUUGACCAAGAGAAGUAUAAAGUCAGUGUGUUUAGUCCACCCGAAAUGUUAUACUCAAUUGAGGAGUUCCUCACUCAGAGUGGUAAUAUAAUAAUUGACUGUCAUAACAACCGAGUACGUCAGAAGUUAGAAAUAGCAAAAGUGGAGCUUGUUGGCAUGUAUUCUGUCAACAGUGAAGAAGAUGAAGAAGAUGAAGAAUAUGACUAUGAUGACGAAGACGAUGAAGAAGGUGAAGAAGAUGAUUAG